UAAAAUCUUCACCAGUCCCUUCUGGUUUUCUUCAACUUUCUCUCUCUAAAAUCAAGAAAAUCGUAGCUUCUCUCUCUAGAAUCAAGAAAAUCUCCGCCGCCGAUCACCGGCCUUUUCAAGAACUGGCUAACUCCGACGAAAUUCUGGCAGAUUCAUCGAGAAGGAACCAAGCUGUGGUUCUUCAGCUUUAUGACGCCUUGAAAACUCGCGACGUCGACACUGUUCACAAGAUUCUUGCUCCUGAUCUCGAGUGGUGGUUCCAUGGUCCGCCGUCUCACCAGUUUAUGAUGCGCCUUCUCACCGGUGCUGACACGUCAUCGUUUGAAUUCAAUCCGGAAGUAAUUAGGGUUUUUGGCUCCAUUGUUAUAGCUGAAGGCUGCGAGUCCAGGCGAUCAAUUUCUUGGGUGCAUGCUUGGACUGUGAGCUCGGAUGGGAUAAUUACUCAGGUUAGAGAGUAUCUAAACACUUCUGUUACUGUUACUCGUCUUGGUAAUCAAUCUGAGCCGUCUGAUUAUUCUUCUUCAUCGUCGUCUUCUUCGUCAUCGUCUUCGACGGCUGAGAUUACUUCUGUGCAUUGCCCUUCCGUUUGGGAGAGCAGCCUCUCUGACCGGUUCGGAAAAUCGGUUCCCGGUUUGGUUCUUGCUAUUUGAUUAGCCCCGUCUCCGGUCAGGUGCAAGCGUUAGUAUUUUAAUAUAGUGGAACAAUAAAGGACAACGCUGCACGUGUCUCUGGUUAGAGAUGCAGGUUUUUGUUUGGUUUGAUUUAAGUUUGGUUUGAGUUUUUUGGAUUUUUUUAGUAAUUUUGUGUUCAAAUGGGUAUGUUUGUGAUGUUAUGUUUUCAUUAUCAAUUACUAAUAAAGAUGUUUGAUUUUGAUAUUA